AUGGAUGGCGGUGCUGACAUUGACGUUGACGAAGACGACUUUCUGGUGCUUGACGAGGAUGACGAGCUCCGCGCGCAGCGAAUCAGCGCGGCGGGAGAGGGCACCUCAGAGGAGGGUCACGCCCUGCGUGAUUUCUCCAAGAUGCAGCUGAAGGAGGACCACUCGCAGCGACCCAUGUGGGUGUGCCCUGAUGGCCGCAUCAUUCUGGAGACCUACUCGCCCCUCUACAAGCACGCCUACGACUUUCUGAUUGCCAUUGCUGAGCCUGUGUGCCGCCCAGAGAACGUGCACGAAUACAACCUCACGCCCCACUCCCUCUACGCAGCAGUGUCAGUGGGACUAGACACCAACACAAUCAUAUCAGUGCUCGACCGCCUCUCCAAGACGAGGCUCUCAGCGGACAUCAUCACCUUCAUCCGCGAGUCAACACAGAACUACGGCAAAGUGAAGCUGGUGCUGCAGCGCAACAAGUACUUUGUUGAGUCCCCUUACCCCAAUGUCCUGCGGGAGCUGCUGAGGGAUGACGUGGUUCGUCGAGCCAGAAUCCUGCCAGCUGUCAAUGCUCAGGCAUUGAUGUGUGCUGCUGCUUGCCACGCCACGUGUGCUUGCCACGUGUGCUGCUUGCCACGUGUGCUGCUUGCCACAUGUGCUGCUUGCCACGUGUGCUGCUUGCCACGUGUGCUGCUUGCCACGUGUGAUGCUUGCCACGUGUGCUGCUUGCCACGUGUGCUGCUUGCCACAUGUGCUGCUUGCCACGUGUGCUGCUUGCCACGUGUGAUGCUUGCCACGUGUGCUGCUUGCCACCAGGGGCCAGCAGGAGACGCGUUUGCAGUGCAGCAGGGGGGAGCAGCGGACGGGUCAGCAGCAGCGCUCACCCAUGCGCUCAUGGGGGCGGGGGAGGGCGAGGGGGGCGACGUGGGUGUGUUGGGCCAGGUGUGUUGGGCCAGGUGUUGGCUUAGGAGUGUUGGGAUGUGUGUUGCCUACGAGGUGUGUCGGGUCGGGCCAGGUGUGUUGGGCCCGGUGUCUGCCCUCACUGGUGGAGUGUGUGAAGCAGCGGUGUCUACCCAACGCCCUCAACUACCCCAUGCUGGAGGAAUACGACUUCAGAAAUGA